AUGGCUUCCUCUUUUGAUUCUUGGAGUAAGGUUGUCCUCUUUAGCUUAUCCUUGCUUGGCUUGUGUUCUGCUGUACAGGUUGAUUAUGAUCCAACUGCUUUCAUCAUCAAUGGAGAGAGACGUGUCAUUUUUUCUGGUGCGGUUCACUUCCCACGAAGCACGGAGAAAAUGUGGCCUCAAAUUCUUCAAAAGGCCAAAGAUGGAGGUCUUGAUGCCAUAGAAACUUAUGUGUUUUGGGAUCAUCAUGAACCUAUGAAAGGGAAGUAUGACUUCACAAAGAACUUGAAUUUCGUCAAAUUCUUCCAGCUCGUCCAACAACAUGGGCUCUAUGGCAUUUUAAGAAUUGGUCCUUACGUUUGUGCUGAAUGGAAUUUUGGUGGCCUCCCAAUAUGGCUACACAAAAUUCCUGGGAUUCAGAUCAGAACUGACAAUGGACCUUGGAAGAAUGAAAUGCAAACUUUUGUCACCAAAAUUGUCAACAUGUGUAAAGAAGCCAAGCUUUUUGCAUCACAAGGAGGACCCAUCAUUCUUGCACAAAUUGAGAAUGAGUAUGGGAACAUCAUGUCAGGUUACGGAGAACCAGCGAAGGAGUAUGUGAAAUGGUGUGCUCAAAUGGCUGUAGCACAGAACAUCGGUGUUCCUUGGAUUAUGUGCCAGCAGAAUGAUGCUCCUGCUAUUGUUAUCCAAACUUGUAAUGGGUUUUAUUGUGACAGUUUCCAACCCAAUGGCAAUAACCCAAAAAACCCAAAGGCGUUCACAGAAAAUUGGAUUGGGUGGUAUCAAAGAUGGGGUGAAAAAUUACCCCACAGGACUACUGAAGAUUCAGCUUUUGGAGUGGCUCGCUUUUUCCAAAAUGGCGGAGUUCUCAACAAUUACUACAUGUUCCAUGGAGGAACAAACUUUGGACGAAUGUCCGGAGGCCCAUAUAUCACAACCAGUUAUGAUUAUGAUGCACUACUUGAUGAGUAUGGAAAUCUCAAUCAACCAAAAUAUGGGCAUCUGAAGCAACUUCAUGAAGCAAUAAAAUCAGGAGAGAAGAUUAUUACAAACGCCACAAGAACCGAAACAAACGUUGGCAAUUCAGUCAACUUGACCACAUACACCAGCGCUAAUGGUGGGAAAUUUUGCUACUUGAGUAACACUGAUCAAAGCCAAGAUGCACAUGUAGACUUAAAAAAUGGCAAUGGCCAGUACUUUGUUCCUGCUUGGUCUGUAUCCAUUCUUGAAAAUUGCAGUAAAGAGAUGUACAAUACGGCAAAGAUAAAUACUCAAACCUCAAUGAUGGUGAAGAAAGCUGAUGCUUCAUCUUCUCGUCUUACUUGGGAAUGGAUGGCAGAGAGCAUGGAAGACACUCUAGGUGGCAAGGGAACUUCUAAAGCAAACCAACUUUUUGAGCAGAAAGAUUUCACUCUAGAUGCAAGUGACUAUUUGUGGUACAUGACAGCGGUUAACAUCAACGACACUUCCUCUUGGCAAAACGCAACACUUCAAGUGUUAACAAUGGGCCAUGGACUUCAUGCCUAUGUUAACAAAAAUCUUGUUGGAUCACAAUUCGGUCAAUUCGGAGGAAACUUCACAUUUGAGCAAUCUGUUACUUUGACACAAGGACCAAACAUUAUAACUCUACUCAGUGUCACUGUGGGGCUUGCAAAUUAUGGUGCCAAGUUUGACUUGGUCCCGACAGGACUAGCAGGCGGUUCAGUUAAGUUAAUUGGCAAGAACAACCUCUCUAUGGACUUGACAAACAAUUCUUGGUCUUACAAAACCGGCUUGAAUGGCGAGGCUCAACAUCUCCAUAAAGGGUCAUGGCAAUCUAGUUCUAGUACUAGUCUUCCUGUUGGCAAAGGAAUGACUUGGUAUAAGGCCAAGUUCAAUGCUCCUGCUGGAACCAACCCUGUGGUAGUGGACUUACAAGGCAUGGGCAAAGGAGCAGCUUGGGUGAACGGUCAAGGAAUUGGUCGAUAUUGGCCAUUGAAUGUUGCUGAUUCUGAUGGAUGCAAUCAAACAUGUGAUUAUAGAGGAAACUACGAAUCAACCAAAUGCACAUACAAUUGUGGUAAGCCAACACAGAGAUGGUACCAUGUGCCAAGGCAAUACUUGAAAAAUAAAGACAACAUAAUUGUUUUGUUUGAAGAAAUAGGUGGGAAUCCUCAGAACAUAUCAUUCCAAACUGUCUCAAUGGGAACUGUUUGUGCUCAUGCAUAUGAAGGUGCCAAUUUAACCCUGUCAUGUGACGGUGGCAAAAUGUCAAAAGUUGAAUUUGCUAGCUUUGGAAACCCAGCAGGUGAAUGUGGGUCUUUCAAAAAAGGCUCAUCUGAUGCAAGUAAUAGCAUGUCUGUUGUGGAAAAAGCCUGCGUUGGAAAGCCGACUUGUAGUUUGGCAGUGACGAAGGAAACAUUUGGUGCACAAGGUGCAAGUAGCGGAAGCGGCAAUACUACUGCCAUAAAUAGACUAGCCGUGCAAAUCGCUUGCUGA